AUGCCACAGCACCUUAUAUGGCAAUCACUUAACAACCAACAAGAGGAUCAGGCAUGGCAACAGCAACAUACCUAUCAGAAUACACUUCAUAUUCGAAGUGAUCAGCUGCAUCAGAGGCUGCAGUCAAAUGUGCCUUCUUCAUCCUUUGUGAAGGCAGACUUCAUGGAUCCAAGUACAAAGUUCUCAGCAUCCAUUAGCCCUAGACAAAACAUGGUCAGUUCACUUUGUCCUGAAGGGAGUAGCAAUAUUUUGAACUUCUCCAGAGUUGGUCAGUCCAUGCUAGCUGAGCAGUUACCCCAACAAUCAUGGGCUCCAAAGUAUUCACAUUCAAAGGUUGAUGAUUUUGCCAACUCAAUGUCACACUCACCUUAUCCUGGGAAAGAUGCUACUGAAGAGCCAGAAAUUUGUGACUCUGCUUCUCAGAAUCCUACUCCUUUUGGUGUUCAUGUUGAGUCAUCUGGACUUCUACUCCGUGCCACUAUGUCUACUUUUGCUACAUCAGUUGAUGCUGAUGUGUCCUCAAUGCCAUUAGGGGAUACUGGAUUUCAGAAUUCUCUGUACGGUUCAGAGCAAGACUCCUCUGAGUUAUUGAACAGUGCAGGGCAAGUUGAUCCACCAACCCCAUCUCAGACUUUUGUCAAGGUUUAUAAAUCAGGGUCGGUUGGGCACUCACUAGACAUCUCCCAGUUCAGCAGCUAUAUGAGCUGCAAGAGGAGCUGGGCGUUCGUCAAUAAUGUUUGGUAUAUAAAGAUAAUUUCACCCGAGGGUGUCCAUAAAAUGGGAGAGCAAGCAGUUGAAUCCUUCAGCCCACAAGGUGGUCAAAGGCUGAAUUGCAGUAGUGGUGAAGCUCAAGACCUUGUCUCAGGGCUACCAUCUCUUGGCAUGCUCGGGAACUGA